UGCAAAGUCAACGCACGCGCAGUCGGACUGUCCCGGUGUGUCAAGAGCAGGAAGAUGGUGGCUCAACCGUGUGUGUUGUCGCUUUUUCUUCUGAGCGGCUUUUACAGCGUCGUUUCUUCUUUGUAUUUUCACAUCGGAGAGACGGAGAAAAAAUGUUUUAUAGAGGAAAUCCCGGACGAGACUAUGAUCAUCGGAAACUACCGAACUCAAUUGUAUGAUAAACAGCGACAGGAGUAUCUGCCCGCCAUGCAGGGUCUGGGAAUGUUUGUGGAGGUCAAAGAUCCAGAUGACAAGGUGAUUCUGUCACGUCAGUAUGGUUCUGAGGGAAGAUUCACCUUCACCUCACACACACCUGGAGAACAUCAGAUCUGUCUGCACUCCAACUCCUCUAAGUUUUCCCUCUUUGCAGGCGGCAUGCUGAGGGUUCAUUUGGAUAUUCAGGUGGGAGAACACGCCAACAACUAUGCUGAGAUUGCUGCCAAAGAUAAGCUGACAGAGCUGCAACUGAGAGUGCGACAGCUGGUAGAGCAGGUUGAUCAGAUCCAGAAGGAGCAGAACUACCAGAGGUACCGCGAGGAGCGUUUCCGUCAGACUAGUGAAAGCACAAACCAGCGCGUCCUCUGGUGGUCCAUCGUUCAAACUCUCAUCCUGGUGGCCAUCGGCAUCUGGCAAAUGAGACAUCUCAAGAGCUUCUUCGAGGCAAAGAAGCUGGUGUAAUGUGUGCAUGUGUGCAUGUCCAAGUGAAUGUCUGUGUGUAUGUGUGUGGUUUCUACUGAUGAAUGCAGUACUCAUCAGCUGCUGUCGGAGAAAGAUGUGAUGCGGAAAAGCCCAGCUGCACUCUUUUGGCUUGAAAACAUUGUCGUCAUCAGGAUAAUUAUAAUGAAUGUUGUGUGUGUUGUUUUAUGUUUGUUUUAUUGUUUUUUCCACACACACCUGGUUUGAAACAAGCAGCUCUCGUCAACAGGAGGGAAGUCGAGCUGUCAUUUUUAUCCAAAGAGCAAGGGUUAAAAGUUACAGUGUGUUAAAUCUUCCAUCCCUUCUGACCCUGCAGUACAAAAAAACACUGGCUCUAGUUUGAUGUUCUGCUGUUUGCAGAGAAGUUAAACAUUUUCCGAGGCAGACGUACAGUAUAUGACACCAACGUAUCUGAAGACUGUCGUGUUUUCGGCUCUGCACUUCAAACUUGUGAAAAAUUCACUGUUUUUUUUUUUUUUGUUUGUUUGUUUUUUUUAAAGAACUAAGUCCUACAGGGGAAAAAACUGAGCUCCUUUUUCUACAAAUCAUCAAGGCAAAUAAAAAAAAAAAAACUUACUCAAAACCAGUGAUUCAUUACAAAAUGAGUCACAUAUGUCUUGACAAAAAACUAGUAAUAAACUACUAUUAAAAUGCCCCUUUUUCCUUGUUACUGGCUGUUGAUGUGUUACUGGCCAUCAGAGAUGUUGGAACAGAAGUCGGGUUUUGCUUAUUUCAGCAACUACAAAUUGUAAGCAACUUAAAUUGUAUGCAUUUUUGUGUAAUUUUAUAACAGAUACAAGGUGAAAUAGAUGUUGUUUAUUGUCUUGUUUCCCCUACCUGACCUUAUGUAGAAACUUUGUCUGUUCAAGGUGGACCCAAUGUCUCUGCUCAGUGCUUUUAGCAGUAUUUUUUCCUGUUUGGAAUUGAGUAAACUUUUUUGGCAGUCUUGCAAAUGAAUGUACUUUCCUGUUCUUUUGCAGUAAAGUUCACUAUCCACUCUUAUUUUAAUGUCUGUGGGUCUUCCCCAACCCGUUGUGAAAAUAAUUCCUCUUUGUUUAAAGUUUUCUUUUCUUCCCCUGGAUCGUUGGUGAAGGUUUUACCUCCAAGGAGCUUCAGUUUAUAGAGAGAGAUUCUUAUCUUAUGAAAUCUGUAAGAAAGGUUGCACUUGAAAUAAAGUUUGCCACUUUGGUCUAAA